CUGCCAAGAGGGGCGCCCGGCAGGGAACCUCACCGAGCCCUCCCUCCCUCUCCCACCAUCCCCUCUCCCGGCCCCGCCGCAGGGGCAACAGGUGUUUUGGAGAUUAGGGAUCCCAGUCUUGUUUUCUUGGGCUCUUCUUAAAGAAGCUGAUCCACGAGAGUGCCGGGUGGAGCGGGGUCGACCCCAAAGCCAGGGUGAAGUGAAAAAGAAGAGAGUAAUCAGCCUUGCCGGAAGGGGCGUCUGUGUGGAUGGGAUGGGGACGCCAGGGGAGGGGCUGGGUCGCUGCUCCCAUGCCCUGAUCCGGGGUGUCCCCGAGAGCCUGGCGUCGGGGGAAGGUGCAGGGGCAGGUCUUCCGGCUCUGGAUCUAGCCAAAGCUCAAAGGGAACAUGGGGUGUUAGGGGGUAAACUGAGGCAGCGACUAGGGCUGCAGCUGGUAGAACUGCCCCCUGAAGAAUCGCUGCCGCUGGGACCGCUGCUUGGUGACACGGCGGUGAUCCAAGGGGACACGGCCCUAAUCACGCGGCCCUGGAGCCCGGCCCGGAGGCCUGAGGUUGAUGGAGUCCGCAAAGCCCUUCAGGAUUUGGGGCUCCGAAUCGUAGAGAUGGGAGAUGAGAACGCGACGCUGGAUGGCACCGACGUUCUCUUCACCGGCCGGGAGUUUUUCGUAGGCCUUUCCAAGUGGACCAAUCAUCGAGGCGCUGAGAUCGUGGCCGACACGUUUCGGGACUUUGCUGUCUCCACUGUGCCCGUCUCCGGCCCCUCCCACUUGCGCGGCCUCUGCGGCAUGGGGGGACCCCGCACGGUGGUGGCUGGUAGCAGCGAGGCUUCGCAAAAGGCUGUCAGGGCAAUGGCAGCACUGACAGAUCACCCCUACGCCUCUCUGACCCUCCCAGAUGAUGCAGCUGCUGACUGUCUAUUUCUACGCCCUGGAUUGCCUGGUGCAUCCCCUUUUCUCUUGCAUCGAGGAGGUGGGGACCUGCCCAAUAGCCAGGAGGCAUUGCAGAAGCUCUCUGAUGUCACCCUGGUACCUGUGUCCUGUUCAGAACUGGAGAAGGCUGGUGCUGGGCUCAGCUCCCUCUGCCUAGUUCUCAGCACACGCCCCCACAGUUGAAGGGCCAGCAUUGAAGUUCUCUCUGGCCAGAAGUAUGGCAGCAUAGCAAAUAGAAGACGAAGAAGGGUUAGAAGAUAGUGAGUAGAUAGUAGUGGGAGAGGUCCCCAGGAAGGGGGAGGGCAUAGUGGGGGACAAAGGAUAGGAUGAGUCCUCUGGACUAUCAGAAUCAAUAAAACAGAAUUGGCCUUUUA